AUGGACGUGGACAUGGACGUGGACGUGGACAUGGACGUGGACGUGGACGUGGACGUGGACAUGGAUGUGGACAUGGACGUGGACAUGGACGUGGACAUGGACGUGGACGUGGACAUGGACGUGGACGUGGACUUGGACGUGGACAUGGACGUGGACGUGGACGUGGACGUGGUCGUGGACAUGGACGUGGACGUGGACGUGGACAUGGAUGUGGACGUGGACGUGGACGUGGACGUGGACGUGGACGUGGACAUGGACGUGGACAUGGACGUGGACGUGGACGUGGACGUGGACGUGGACAUGGACGUGGACGUGGACGUGGACAUGGACAUGGACAUGGACGUGGACGUGGACAUGGACGUGGAUGUGGACGUGGACAUGGACGUGGACGUGGACAUGGACGUGGACGUGGACGUGGACAUGGACGUGGUCGUGGACGUGGACAUGGAUGUGGACAUGGUCGUGGACAUGGACGUGGACAUGGACAUGGACAUGGACAUGGACGUGGACGUGGACAUGGAUACAUGGACUUGGACGUGGACGUGGACGUGGACGUGGACGUGGGACGUGGACUUGGACGUGGACAGUGGACGUGGACAUGGACGUGGACGUGGACGUGGACGUGGACGUGGACGUGGACGUGGACGUGAACGUGGACGUGGACGUGGACGUGGACAUGGACGUGGACGUGGACGUGGACGUGGACGUGGACAUGGACAUGACGUGGACGUGGACGUGGACGUGGACGUGGACAUGGACGUGGACGUGGACGUCGACGUGGACGUGGACGUAGACGUGGACGUGGUCGUAGACGUAGACGUGGACGUGGACGUGGUCGUGGACGUGGACGUGGACGUGGAUGUGGACGUGGACGUGAACGUGGACGUGGACGUGGAGGUGGACGUGGACGUGGACGUGGACGUGGACGUGGACAUGGACGUGGACGUGGACGUGGACGUGGACGUGGAAAUGGACGUGGACGUGGACGUGGACGUGGACGUGGACGUGGUCGUAGACGUGGACGUGGACGUGGUUGUGGACGUGGACGUGAACCUGGUUGUGGACGUGGACAUGGACGUGGACGUGGAGGACGUGGACGUGGACGUGGACAUGGAUGUGGACAUGGACGUGGACGUGGACGUGGAUGUGGACGUGGACGUGGACUUGGACGUGGACGUGGACGUGGACGUGGACGUGGAUGUGGACAUGGACGUGGACGGACGUGGACGUGGACGAGGACAUGGUUGUAGACGUGGACGUGGACGUGGACGUGGACGUGGACGUGGACGUGGACGUGGACGUGGACGUGAACGUGGACGUGGACAUGGACGUGGACGUGGACGUGGACGUGGAUGUGGACGUGGACAUGGAUGCCACGUGGACAUGGAAGUGGACAUGGACAUGGACGUGGACAUGGACGUGGACGUGGACGUGGACAUGGACGUGGACGUGGACGUGGACAUGGACGUGGACGUGGACGUGGACGUGGACGUGGACGUGGACGUGGACAUGGACGUGGACGUGGACGUGGACGUGGACGUGAACGUGGACGUGGACAUUGACGUGGACAUGGACGAGGACGUGGACGUGGACGUGGACGUGGACGUGGUCGUAGACAUGGACGUGGACGUGGACGUGGACGUGGACGUGGUCGUGGACGUGGACGUGGACGUGGACGUGGACGUGGACAUGGACGUGGACGUGGACGUGGACAUGGACAUGAACGUGGACGUGGACGUGGACAUGGACCGUGGACACAUGGACGUGGACAAGGACGUGGACGUGGACGUGGACGUGGACGUGGACGUGGUCAUGGACAUGGACGUGGACAUGGACGUGGACGUGGACGUGGACGUGGACAUGGACGUGGACGUGGACGUGGACAUUGACAUGAACGUGGACGUGGACGUGGACAUGGACGUGGACGUGGACAUGGACGUGGAUGUGGGCGUGGACGUGGACAUGGACAUGGACGUGGAUGUGGACGUGGACAUGGACGUGGACGUGGACGGACAUGGACGUGGACGUGGACGUGGACGUGGACCUGGACGUGGACGUGGACGUGGACGUGGACGUGGACUUGGACGUGGACGUGGACGUGGACGUGGACGUGGACAUGGACGUGGAGGUGGACGUGGACGUGGACUUGGACGUGGACGUGGACAUCGACGUGGACGUGGACGUGGCAGGGACGUGGACGUGGACGAGGACAUGGUUGUGGACGUGGACGUGGACGUGGACGUGGACAUGGACGUGGACGUGGACGUGGACGUAGACGUGGACAUGGACGUGGACAUGGACGUGGACGUGGACGUGGACGUAGACGUGGACGUGGACGUGGACGUGGACGUGAACGUGGACGUCGACAUGGACGUGGAGAUGGACGUGGACGACGUGGACCUGGACGUGGACGUGGACGUGGACGUGGACAUGGUCGUGGACAUGGACGUGGACGUGGACGUGGACAUGGACAUGGACUUGGACGUGGACGUGGACGUGGACAUGGACUUGGACGUGGACGUGGACGUGGACGUGGACGUGGACGUGGACGUGGACGUGGACAUGGACUUGGACGUGGACGUGGACGUGGACGUGGACGUGGACAUGGACAUGGACGUGGACGUGGACAUGGACAUGGACGUGGACGUGGACGUGGACAUGGACUUGGACGUGGACGUGGACGUGGACGUGGACAUGGACUUGGACGUGGACGUGGACGUGGACGUGGACGUGGACAUGGACAUGGACGUGGACGUGGACGUGGACGUGGACGUGGACAUGGACUUGGACGUGGACGUGGACAUGGACGUGGACGUGGACGUGGACAUCGACAUGGACUUGGACGUGGACGUGGACGUGGACAUGGACUUGGACGUGGACGUGGACGUGGACGUGGACGUGGACGUGGACGUGGACAUGGACUUGGACGUGGACAUGGACGUGGACGUGGACGUGGACGUGGACGUGGACGUGGACGUGGACAUGGACUUGGACGUGGACGUGGACGUGGACGUGGACGUGGACGUGAACUUGGACGUGGACGUGGACGUAGACAUGGACUUGGACGUGGACGUGGACGUGGACGUGGACGUGGACUUGGACGUGGACGUGGACGUGGACGUGGACGUGGACGUGGUCGUGGACAUGGACGUGGACGUGGACGUGGACGUGGACAUGGAUGUGGACAUGGACGUGGACAUGGACGUGGACAUGGACGUGGACGUGGACAUGGACGUGGACGUGGACGUGGACAUGGAUGUGGACAUGGACGUGGACAUGGACGUGGACAUGGACGUGGACGUGGACAUGGACGUGGACGUGGACUUGGACGUGGACAUGGACGUGGACGUGGACGUGGACGUGGUCGUGGACAUGGACGUGGACGUGGACGUGGACGUGGACAUGGAUGUGGACGUGGACGUGGACGUGGACGUGGACGUGGACGUGGACAUGGACGUGGACAUGGACGUGGACGUGGACGUGGACGUGGAUGUGGACGUGGACGUGGACGUGGACAUGGACGUGGACGUGGACGUGGACAUGGACAUGGACAUGGACGUGGACGUGGACAUGGACGUGGAUGUGGACGUGGACAUGGACGUGGACGUGGACGUGGACAUGGACGUGGACGUGGACGUGGACAUGGACGUGGUCGUGGACGUGGACAUGGACAUGGACAUGGUCGUGGACAUGGACGUGGACAUGGACAUGGACAUGGAGAUAGACGUGGACGUGGACAUGGAUGUGGACGUGGACGUGGACGUGGACGUGAACUUGGACGUGGACGUGGACGUGGACGUGAACUUGGACGUGGACGUGGACGUAGACAUGGACUUGGACGUGGACAUGGACGUGGACGUGGACGUGGACGUGGACGUGGACGUGGACGUGGACUUGGACGUGGACGUGGACGUGGACGUGGACAUGGACGUGGACGUGGACGUGGACGUGGACGUGGACAUGGACGUGGACGUGGACGUGGACGUGGACGUGGACGUGGACAUGGACGUGGACGUGGACGUGGACGUGGACGUGGACGUGGACAUGGACAUGGACGUGGACGUGGACGUGGACGUGGACGUGGACAUGGACGUGGACGUGGACGUGGACGUCGACGUGGACGUGGACGUGGUCGUAGACGUAGACGUGGACGUGGACGUGGUCGUGGACGUGGACGUGGACGUGGAUGUGGACGUGGACGUGAACGUGGACGUGGACGUGGAGGUGGACGUGGACGUGUACGUGGACGUGGACAUGGACGUGGACGUGGACGUGGACGUGGACGUGGACAUGGACGUGGACGUGGACGUGGACGUGGACGUGGUCGUAGACGUGGACGUGGACGUGGUUGUGGACGUGGACGUGAACCUGGUUGUGGACAUGGACGUGGACGUGGACGUGGAGGACGUGGACGUGGACGUGGACAUGGACGUGGACAUGGACGUGGACGUGGACGUGGAUGUGGACGUGGACGUGGACUUGGACGUGGACGUGGACGUGGACGUGGACGUGGACGUGGACAUGGACGUGGACGUGGACUUGGACGACAUGGUUGUAGACGUGGACGUGGACGUGGACGUGGACGUGGACGUGGACGUGGACGUGGACGUGGACAUGGACUUGGACGUGGACGUAGACGUGGACGUGGACGUGGACGUGGACAUGGACGUGGACGUGGACGUGGACAUGGACGUGGACGUGGACGUGGACGUGGACAUGGAUGUGGACGUGGACGUGGACGUGGACGUAAACGUGGACGUGGACGUAAACGUGGACAUGGACGUGGACGAGGACGUGGACGUGGACAUGGACAUGGACAUGGACGUGGACGUGGACGUGGAUGUGGACGUGGACAUGGACGUGGACGUGGACGUGGUCGUGGACGUGGACGUGGACGUGGACGUGGACGUGGACGUGGACGUGGACGUGGUCGUGGACGUGGACGUGGAUGUGGACGUGGACGUGGAGGUGGACGUGGACGUGGACGUGGACGUGGACGUGGACGUGGAUGUGGACGUGGACGUGGACGUGGAUGUGGACGUGGACGUGGACGUGGUCGUGGACGUGGACGUGGAGGUGGACGUGGACGUGGACGUGGUCGUGGACGUGGACGUGGACGUGGACGUGGACGUGGACGUGGUCGUGGACGUGGACGUGGAUGUGGACGUGGACGUGGACGUGGACGUGGUCGUGGACGUGGACGUGGACGUGGACGUGGACGUGAACGUGGACGUGGACGUGGACGUGGACGUGGACGUGGACAUGGACGUGGACGUGGACGUGGACGUGGACGUGGACAUGGACGUGGACGUGGAUGUGGACAUGGACGUGGACUUGGACGUGGUCGUAGACGUGGACGUGGACGUGGUUGUGGACGUGGACGUGAACCUGGUUGUGGACGUGGACGUGGACGUGGACGUGGACGUGGAGGACGUGGACGUGGACGUGGACGUGGACGUGGACGUGGACAUGGACGUGGACGUGGACGUGGACGUGGACGUGGACGUGGACUUGGACGUGGACGUGGACGUGGACGUGGACGUGGACGUGGACAUGGACGUGGACGUGGACUUGGACGUGGACUUGGACGUGGACGUGGACAUGGACGUGGACGUGGACGUGGCAGAGACGUGGACGUGGACGAGGACAUGGUUGUGGACGUGGACGUGGACGUGGACGUGGACGUGCAUGUGGACGUGGACGUGGACGUGGACGUGGACGUGGACGUGGACGUGA